GUGAAAACCAGGAUGAGCUGUGGCUCUGAAUGGACUUCAUCUUUUACUUUUUACUGACAUUCCUGAGAGCUGCUACUCUGGUUUCAUCUUCAAAGACCUUUCACUCAGGAAGUAUGUCUGGAAAAGGCAAAAAACCUGAAGUUGGAGAUAUAAUUUCCUUUAAUCGGGGUCUCUACAGUCACUGGGGGAUUUAUUUUGGAAAUGAAUAUGGAAAAGAUUACAUUGUUCAUCUUUGUGGAGGACAGAGCAACAGUAAGCCAGCGUCCUUUCAAUCUACAGUGAAAAAAGAUGAGCUUAAUGCUGUGGCUGGAAAAAGUUCAUAUGAAGUGUUCAAUUACUUGGAUAAAAGUCACACUCCAAAAAAAACUGGAAAGAUAAAGGAAGACCUGGAAGCCAAUCUUGGGAAGAAAAUAGAUUAUGAUCCCUUCAAAUACAACUGCCAAAGCUUUGCUUCACAAAUGCGCUAUGAUGUGGUGAAGACUCCUGAGGGAGAAAAAGUAGAAAAAAUAUGUACAGAAAACCUACAAUAUAUGAUGAAAGAGAUGGACCAUUUUUCUCCUAAGUGAAAUAACAACUGAUUCCAAUCCUGAAUGUUUUACAAAAAAAUUUAAAGUGAAUUUGCUUCUCUUCUCCUUAAGGAGUGGGUUGCUCUUGUAGGGGGUAACAAUGGCUGUUUUGUUCUCAUUUCUUGAUGCUUCUUUUUAAUUGUUUAUAAAAAUAAGUAAUACAAAUAUUAAGCAGUAGGUAAGAAUGCCCGUAAAAGGAUAAAAGCAGACCUGGGUAACAAGGACAGGCUUUCUCAUGGCAAGGAAAUGCUUUCUUCAAUUAUUUUGCAGAUGUAAAAUGAAUAAAAUGUCUUUCUUUCUCAAAG